AUGGCCCGCACAUUCCUCGCAUUCCAGCAUAAUGCAAAGCUGUAUACCCUGCAGACCGUCGUUGCCGCCAUACGAACAUUCACCUCGCUCGAAGAACCCAACCGCCAGCUCUUCAAGCAAGGCAGCGAUGAAGACCAUGUUGUGGUCACUGAGGAGACCGUCUUCCACCCCCAGGGCGGCGGCCAGCCCUCUGACAUAGGCACCAUCACCUUCUCUCCCUCUGGCUCUUGCUUCACCGUCGCCUCAGUCCGGAUGGACGCCCUUCAGGACGGACAGGUACUGCACUUCGGGCGGUUCAAUGCAGCUCCCUUUGCAGUAGGCGAUACCGUACAGCAGGAAAUCGACGUGGAAAAGCGUCUGCUGUACUCACGGCUUCAUACCGCUGGCCACGUCCUGGGUGCCGCGGUCAAGCAUCUUGUGGAAAAGGAAGUGGAUGGAUUCAACGAGCUGAAGGCUUCGCAUUUCCCUGACUCGGCGGCCUGUGAGUUCCAAGGCCUUAUUGAAGGGAAGUGGAAGACACCGAUCCAAGAGAAGGUGGACGAGUUUAUCGCUGCGGGCAUGCCGGUGGAGAUUGAGUGGUGGGAUGAAGACGAUUUCCGGUCCAGAGGGCUGGAGAGACUGAUACCAGAUCCCAGCCUGGUGCCUCCAGGCGAGAAGUCUCGGGUGGUCAACAUCGUAGGGGCAGAGGUGUAUCCGUGUGGCGGAACUCAUGUCGAUACGACGGACCUGUGCGGACAGACGACGGUGAAGAAGGUAUCAAGAAGCAAAGGCACAUCCAGGGUCAGUUAUACGGUGGUAUAA